AUGGUUCAUUCAGAUUUUUGUCUAAAAGCUGGUAAACAUUUGGACGAAAAUAUGCAUACUGUUGAUCAAUAUUUAUCGUUUGAACAAACUUUUAAAUGGAAAUUAAUGAUAUUUAUUCACCUCAUUUACACAUCAUCAUGCUAUUCAUCGAAUUCCAUUACAAUGAAACGUCCAUCAACAGAUUCUUUUCAUCCAUUACCUGAGAAAUAUAUUGACCUAUUAAGUCCAAUCAAGGUUGAUCAUGAUUAUCUUCACUUCAAUCCAGGCACAACAUCUGGAACAGAUUGUAAUCAAUGGGAAAACCGGACCUUACAAACUUCCAGUCCUACUGAAACGCUGCAAUUGGACCACAAUGGCCAAAAUGAUAUAUCUUUGUCCCACACACCAUUAUUGCCAGUCAGCUUUUUGGUUGAAAUGAUACCAUAUCCAAGAUCAUAUCCUGGACGAUCAUUUUUCUUCAGUCGUCUAGAUAACUUGAAUCGUAUACGUUUGGCUAUCGGAUUAAACCAAUGGGGUAAAACUGGUGAAUCUAUGGAAUUAUGGAUACAUCAUGAAUUAUUUUAUAGUCUGGAACCAACUCCAAAAAUUUCCACGUAUUAUAUUGGGUCAGGUUUAGUAAAUCAUGCCGGUCUUGUAAUAGUACCUUUACCGAAUUAUCAGUUCAAUACUAACAAACUUAUUACAUUAAUUAUUGAAGGUCUUAUGAAACGAAUGAAAAUGUUUUUUACUGAAUAUGGAGCUCGAAAAUAUUGUUCCGAUGAUAGUAAUUUCAAACUAUGCAAAAGUAGUUUAAAUGAACAACAUAUCCGAAAAGAAUGGCAGAAAUUAAAUCCUUUUAACCAGUCAGAUCAUACAGUUCAAUUAAAUAAUAAUGAACAGAUCAGUGGUAAAAUCAAUCAACAAUUAAACAAUAAUAUCUAUAAUAGAACAAAACAAUCAUUUAACAAUAACAGUGAUGUAACCGUAAAAAAUCGAAUGAAAUCAAAUAGAUGUAAUCAAAAUAUUCAUGAAGAUAAUUGUACUAAAUUAAAUUUGAAUAAGUCGGUGAAUAAUGUGUCAAGUGAACAACCAGCAUCGACGAGUGAACGUCAGACCGGAGACAAUGAGACCAGAGACACUUCAGGAGACUCUGACUCCAUCAGUCACAUGGGUGUUGGUGUUGGUGUCGGUGCCAGUGAGGAGAAUCUUCUCGACACACAGGUGUCAAGUGAACAACCAGCAUCGACGAGUGAACGUCAGACCGGAGACAAUGAGACCAGAGACACUUCAGGAGACUCUGACUCCAUCAGUCACAUGGGUGUUGGUGUUGGUGUCGGUGCCAGUGAGGAGAAUCUUCUCGACACACAGGUGUCAAGUGAACAACCAGCAUCGACGAGUGAACGUCAGACCGGAGACAAUGAGACCAGAGACACUUCAGGAGACUCUGACUCCAUCAGUCACAUGGGUGUUGGUGUUGGUGUCGGUGCCAGUGAGGAGAAUCUUCUCGACACACAGGUGUCGAGUGAACAACCAGCAUCGACGAGUGAACGUCAGACCGGAGACAAUGAGACCAGAGACACUUCAGGAGACUCUGACUCCAUCAGUCACAUGGGUGUUGGUGUUGGUGUCGGUGCCAGUGAGGAGAAUCUUCUCGACACACAGGUGUCAAGUGAACAACCAGCAUCGACGAGUGAACGUCAGACCGGAGACAAUGAGACCAGAGACACUUCAGGAGACUCUGACUCCAUCAGUCACAUGGGUGUUGGUGUUGGUGUCGGUGCCAGUGAGGAGAAUCUUCUCGACACACAGAUGUAUAAACCGACGGAUGAAAUGGAUCAGACAUCUGAUGACUUGUACCUGGGACUGGUUAAACAUAAAGUAGAAAAACAGUCUCAUGAUAGGAAUGCAACGUAUAUAACAUUUGAAGAAGUCUCAGGAACCUAUCGAAUGAAUAGAAGAGCUGAUUAUAAUUAUACCAUAAAUUCUCCAUUCGACGAAGUCAUGGUCCAUAUUGGACAGAAAGGAGACAUUGGACCACAGGGUCCAGCUGGUCCAGUGGGCUCUACGGGUUAUUGUCCAGAAACAAUAUGUCCAUCAAUUGAUAUGAAUUCAUUGAAAGGUGUUCAAGGUGAGACUGGAUCAAGUGAAUGGUGUAAUAGUUCAUGUAAAACUAUUGAUGGAAUUAUUGGAUUAAAAGGAAUAAAGGGUCUGAAAGGUGAUAUGGGAGAUACUCUAAUAUUAUCAUUUUCAAAAGCCUUACAACUAAUUAAAUACACUAUAAACAUUACAUCAUCAAAUUAUUUUCCCAAAGGUCAAAAAGGAGAUAAAGGUGAAGUGAUUCAGAGAAAAUUCAUUCAGAGAAGAAUAUCUUCACAGAAUAAUGGAAAUUUUCAUCGACGCAAACGGGGACAACAACAAGAUUAUGACCAUUUAACUUCUCGAAUUCAUCCUUUACAAGAAAAUAAAAAACAUGUAAAGCAUCCUUUGAAUCAAUCAACACAUGAUUCAAGUAUCUUAUUCACUGGAUCAAAUUUCGCAAAUUUAGAAAAACAAAAAAUUUUAGGUGUUAAAAUACUUCAUAAUCCUAAUGAAUUCAAAACUAUUGGUUCAAUUCUACCAGUUGGUGCAUUAGUUGUUACUGAAUUCUUCAAUUAUGAAGUAUUAUCAUUUGCAAAUGAUAAUCAAUCAUCUAAAUGGGAUUUAAAUAAAAAAUUUCAAUUGGAUCAACUUAGUUCAUUGGGUUUAUUUAUGAAAAUUGAAAAUAUUCAUAAUACAUGGAAAAGAAUACACGUUAAAUUCGGACAAGAAGUAACACUUGGUCAACAUGAUCCUAAUUUACAAAUCUACAACAGUUCAUCUCCCAAAGAACCUUCAUCUAAAACUUAUACCCCCAGAUAUAGAGAAAAAAUAGUAUUUGCAUUUCAUCCUGUUCCUUUGACUGGAGGAUCAUUUUCAGGAUGGCAUGGAGCCAAUACGAAGUGUCAUGAAACUGCUCUUCAUCAUCUUGGAAUACCUGGUUUUAAAGUACUUCUUGUAGACAGAAAUUUUCCAAUAGAACGUCUUAUCAAAUGGCAAUAUCAACAUGUACCUAUUAUAAAUCUAGGUAGUCAAACUGUAUUUUCGAAAUGGAGAGAUUUCCUAUAUGGUAUUCGUUCGAAUAUAAAUGUACCACUGUACGAUUUAUAUGGUAUGCCUGAUUUACAACUUCAUUCUAAAAACUUCUGGCUUGGAGGUGGUAUUACUUUUGGAUGUGAUGGAUGGACAACAAAUUCAUCAACAAAAUUUGGUCUUACAUGGUCAUUUGAUCAUAGAAUAGGUCAAGUGAAAAUCAACUAUGCAAAAUGUGAUUCAAUCAAUUAUUUAAUGUGUUAUAAACUUGUGAAAUCUACAUUAGCUUAGUGCUUUAGCUUAACAAUAAUAUUUAUGAUCAUUAUUUUAUUAAACUAUAAACACAUCUACUAGAAUUACUUAAUUUAAUCAACCAGUUAAUUUUUCAUGUAAAGUAAAUGGAAGCUGAAAUUGUCUUACUUUCAAGAUUUUGAAACAAAAAAUACAAUCUACUUUAUUGUAAUUGAGUAGUAUACAUUUAGAGAUAAAUUUUGAUGCUGAUGUUGAAGCGUACCAUUGGAUUACCGGAUAAAUGAAUUUGUCGAAAACUUUAAAUCGGUCACUAAAUUACACCAUUUUAAAAAAAACUGCAAACAAGAACAGCGAAAAGCAUGAAAGAAGAAAUGGAACUACGUAAAAAACGCCAUAUGUAGAGUAAAUAUAGACCGAUUGCUGGUUAAGUGGAAUUGAACAAGUGACCGAUUUUUCAAAGUACUAGUUGAAAAAGACAAUUUUAUUGCAACCAAAUUGAGAUCGUGUAUAAGUUUGUUUCACCAUUACUCAACU